AUGGUUAAAAACCGGCGCUGUGUCAAGCAAGAAGGACUUGGCCUGUUGAUCUUAGCUAUCUAUUCGUUACCUUUAGCCGAGAAAGAAGUCGACAACAGCAGGCGAAGGAAGAAAGAAUCGACUUGUCCUGGAUCAGUUACAGUUCCGACGAGGGGUAGACGGGCAUGGGAAAGACGGAUAAAAAAUUUUGUCGCCUUCAAGACACUUAUUAAAGAAAGUCAGAAGUCGUUUGAGAGGGUCAAGCGUUGUACUGAAAUAUCUCCAUCGGUGCCUCGCACCUUCACGAAGAGCGCGAAAGAGUCUGAGAAAAGAAGUCAUCGUGGACUUCUUUACGACGAACAUAGCUCAGCUCAACAGCAAAACGCAAUGGAAAAGGAAGUAACCCUUCAAGAUGCUGGGAAGGAACUUUUGGAUAUUUUAACAAUCGGCAAUCUUCAAUGUGAUGAAGUCCAGUUUCAGUGUUUCCCUGGUCAGUCCUCUUCUUUUUGUGAGCAUGGGGGUGUCCCCACACACCCCUCUUUCUUACAACAAUCAGUCAGAUUAGUUGUUAUUUCUUUCUGCUUUUCCAUACACAACAAAAAACAAAUAUCUUACAAUUUUCAGGCUGUGAAGGAAUUUCAAAGGUAUGGUGUUUGCCUAGAUCCAACCAAGAAAUCUACUGUCCUGGAUGGUAUUGGAAAUCACUUCCUGGACCAUGCCAUUGAAUUGGCUAAAAAGGGAAAGAAAUUCACCAUUGUUUUAGACAACAUUGACUGGGAGAUAAGGGCUCAUGACAUGCGUGAAGAGCACCAAAAUGUGUCUGAACAUGCAGUGGCAAGUUCUUUAGUUUUUGACCGAGUUCCCUCAGACCAUCUUCCUGAUAAUGGUCCACAAAAGGACAUCAAGACAACUGAUCUUGAGUUUUUUCUACUAUCUGAUGAUGAAUUAAGUCAAAUUGCAGACCGUUACCGUAUUUAUGCAGGUCGCAUAAUUUCAAAAGCUUUUCCUAAACUCAGUUUUUUGGCUGAUUUGAUACCAAAACAUAUCCCUCAUCAGUACAGUGACGAGAUGAAAGGAAAAUCAGAAGUAAUCACAUUGCCAGUUUUGAUGAAAGACAAAAAGAAAUAUGCUGAUUGUGUCGAUGUCAUGGACAUGUUUGAGGAUUGGGUGCAUGAAAUCCAUACAAAAGCAUCUGGUGCUGUAGGAAUGAAUGUACCUCUACUGCCACCUGGUAGACCAGCAAUUCAUGCUCCAUCACAGCCUGAUCAGCCUGCGUCCCAUGCUUGUCCUGUGCCAGAUCCUGCAGAACCACUCUGUGGAGUUAAAGUCCCAUGUAUUGGUGACCAGCUAACAAGAGUCAGGUUUGCAGGAGCCAAAGAUCUUUGUGCUGGAGCUCACACCUCCAAGGACAGACUAGACCAUCUAUAUCCAUUUCGUUGUGCAGCAUGGCACACAAAGAGAAGUUUUCUUAAGGUACAUUCUGAAAUUAUUUAUUGUGUCAUCAAAAAUUCUAAUCUUAAUCCCAACAUGGACUUGGUGAGUAAACAUCAUGAACUGUCAUCUUUUAGGUGUUACACCAUAGAGGCCACAAUGGAGUUCUUUGGUAUGGAUGACAAUGCUGAUACACCUACUACGAAUCACCCAAAUUAUGCCUUCAUGGCUAUUGAAGAGCACAAGCAGAAAUACUUUCAAGAAACCUUUGACAAGUUCAUUCAUGAAUAUGUAUUGGGAGAUGAUGACACAGAUCAGAGUGAACCUGGGGAUGAGGGAGCACAUACAGAUCAUGCUGGUGCAACUCUUGUAGACAACCUCCGGAAUUACAGCAAAAAUGUUCUUCAAUAUUUUUUUGUGUUGGAGGACUAUAGGGAUGCCGUUAAAGAAGGGGAUGGAGAAAGAAUGGCCCAAAUCCAUAAAGAUUUUCUUCUUUAUUUCAAAACAGACAGGUCAUUCAAUGCAUAUGCCAUUGAAAUGAUGGUGAAAAUUGCACAAAAUGAAGUUCUUUUGUCAGAGCAAGAAGCCCACUGGACGAUUUGGAGUCAAACAGUUAAUUGGAAAGGUGGCAAGGGAAAAAAUACUGAGGCUGACUUAAUGCAAGAAAACAGGAACAAUGAUCACAAAACAGGAAUCAAAAUGAUGGGUGCCAACAAGACAAAAAAAGCAGUGGAAAGAUUAACAAAGGCCUCUGGGGGUAAAAGGAAAAUUGUUGAAAACUUUGAUGAGAUAAGCAAAGUUGCCUCUCAGUCAACAACUCAUACCCAUCGAAGUUCUGAGAAAGACGAAGCACUGGUCAGGCAGGAUCUCAGAAGGCUGCGUCCUUUUAAAAAAACACCUGGCAGAUUCCAUCCAUCUUUUCCUGAGCAGUAUGCUCAUCCACUUGAAAAGGUGGACUAUGUUGAGCUGCAUUCUUGGUUAAAAGGGCACAUGCAAAAUAUAGGAAAGUCAUGAAAGGGUAAGUUUUUCCUUAAAGUGGUACUAUGACAAAAAUGGCAUCUCUCCUAUCUAAGCCAUUUUAAAACAUAAACAAGUAGUCUUUAUGAGAAGAAAUGACAUUAACAAAAAUGACAAAAAUGGCAUCUCUCCUAUCUAGGCCAUUUUAAAACAUAAACAAGUAGUCUUUAUGA